GACCGAACUUCCUGGCCUCUUUAGAGAGGCCGCCGGAAGUGACUGCAGACGAAUCGGCGCUUGCGGAGGCUGGCAUAGUGGGGUGUCUGCGCUUCUUGCUUCUUUGGCGCGAAAGAUGCCUGGUCUGGCUGCCGCAAGCCCUGCCCCUUCUGAAUCUCAGGAGAAGAAGCCGCUGAAGCCCUGCUGCGCGUGCCCGGAGACCAAGAAGGCGCGCGAUGCGUGUAUCAUUGAAAAAGGAGAAGAACACUGUGGACAUCUAAUUGAGGCCCACAAGGAGUGCAUGAGAGCCCUGGGAUUUAAGAUAUGAAAUGGUGGUCUGCUGUGUCAAUAAAUAAUUCCUGAAGAAUGAAGAAGAUUAAAUUAUUUGGGGAGUUCUUUGAUGAACUUUGAUAAGUGUGAAAAAGUAUUUAUAAUUUAUUAAACAAGAAAGAUAUUGCUGGUCAGAGAUC